CUUCCGACAAGCCUCACGCUUCCUCUUUUUGUAAACUGCUUGAGUCGAUAGGACGUGUAUUUCUUUUGCUGCUCACGUUUCGUGUCGGUCUGACUUAAAAUUUUGCAAAAAUGCGUUACGUAGCUGCAUACCUGCUGGCUGUUCUGGGCGGUAACGCCGCUCCAUCCAACUCGGACAUCGAGAAGAUCCUCAGCUCGGUCGGCAUCGACGUCGAUUCGGCCCGCGUCACCAAGGUGGUGAACGAGCUGAAGGGCAAAUCGAUCGAAGAAUUGAUUGCUUCCGGACGCGAGAAGCUGUCUUCGAUGCCGGCUGGUGGUGGUGCAGUUUCGGCUGCUCCUGCUGCUGGUGGCGGUGGUGGUGGUGCUGCUGCCCCGGCAGCCGAGAAGAAGGAGGAGAAGAAGGAGGAAUCGGAAUCCGAAGACGAAGACAUGGGCUUCGGUCUUUUCGAGUAAAAGUUUAUUACUGCGUCACACUCAAUUCAGCAUUACUAUAUCAUGGAGAUAUAGGAGCUAUCAACAAAACCAACGGAUUUGCAUCAUUGUUUACAGUGCGUGUAAUGAUGUAGAUUGGGUAUUGUGUACAAAAUGCGUGACUUAGGAAUAAAUUUUCAUUUCGAAAACUA